UGGCCUAUAUACUUUUAUAUAAUAUGUAUGUUACCCUUUAUAAUAAUUAACUUAAUAAUUAUAAAAAAAAAAUCUAAUGUAUAUAUAGUUCAAAUCAGUUCAGUUGUGGACGCAUGCAGAUGACAAGUCUGCGGGAAUGGAACACAUCUUAAUCACGUAAAUUUUACUUCUGUAAUAAUUUAGAAUAUAUUUUAUGCAGCAUUCGUCAAAGGGCAAAUGUCUGCCGUAGUGGAUCCGAUUCAAAACAUUUUUCAUGAAAACCAGAUAACAAUUAAAUUAACGUAUAAUAUAUAAGUGCGCAAAUAGUAUCAUGUAAUUUACACGAACCUAUAUUUAUAGUGAAAUCGACGUUUUCUCCAAUGGUACAUAAAGUCAGUUCGAAGUAUUAAUUUAUGUCUACUUGAUCAAUUAAAUAUAGAAUUGAAUAUGACCAAUUAUACAAAAUAAUAUUUCAAUAUAGUAAGAGCCAAGAGGGUUGAAACGGACCAACAUCUGCUUGCGUCACCAUUGGCUGAUCUGAUGGACCAAUAUAAAGCUUUUACAAAAGGGGAAAUACGCCCCCGGUAAACUCGAUAUACUUUCUCUCAUAUUCAAAAGCACUGCACAAUGAUGAGCAACGGAUUCGCGACUACGGGUCAUACACCCACUUGGGAUUCAAGUUUGACGAACACAGAUAGUCAAAGUUACGAUGAAUGUUGGCCGGAUGCUCACCUGUAUCAUCAUCAUCAUCAUUUACACCACCACCAUAUUCACCAACACUCUUCUACAGUAUCUCAAAUGUGGCCAAACCCGCACAACCAUGCUCAGCAACAAAGUAUAACUCAAAAUGCAAUACCCAGAGGCGGCGGCGGAGGAAGUUCGCAAAAGUCGUCAUCAAUGGCGUCGUCGAAGAAAAUCCGUCGGCGGGUGGCCACGCUGGCGCAACGGCGCGCGGCCAACAUACGCGAGCGCAGGCGCAUGUACAACCUGAACGAGGCGUUCGACAAGCUCCGGCGCAAAGUGCCCACGUUCGCGUACGAAAAGCGGCUGUCCCGGAUCGAAACGCUCAGGCUGGCCAUCACGUACAUCGGGUUCAUGACCGAGCUGCUGCAGUCGACCCCGUCGCCCGGCGCAGGCGGCGACGCGGUACAGUCACCCGCGUCCGCGGCGUACGCUCUGCCGCCCCAACACCACGACAUACCCUACGCGCCGUACUCGCUGAUUCCGCCCGUCUAAACUGCGGAUGUGUAGGUGCUCCCCUCCGCGGCACGCAAUAUCCGCGAGCUGCAUAUUCUGUGCAAUAUAUAUAUAUACAUAUCUAUCUAAUAAUAUAAUUUAUACAUAUUGUACAAGCCGACCGCCGUGUAAGGAAUCUGCGAUUGUUCGUAUACCGAUGUCUGCAGCGAGCGCGAAAUCGAUCUGAACCUAUUGCCGACGUAUAUUAUAUUGUUUUAAGUUGUUUGACGUUAUCGCUUCCCAAAUCAUCGACCUCUUCCUCUAUAGUUGUACGAGAUUACGGGAACGACAAAAUGAGUCUCAAAAAUAUCAAUAUUAUAAUAUACGUUUUUCGAUACUCAGAAAAAAUAAACAUAAAACAUUAUUAUUAUAACUAUAUAUAUAUAUAUAUAUAUAGGUAAUAGUUUUUGUAUCGAAAUCUGGAUUUAAAAACUUCCUCCCCCUGUGUAUAUAAUAGGUUUACAUUAUAUAAUUAUAUAUUACCAUAUUAGUAUAAUAUUAUUAGUAUUCAAAAUAUUCGCGAUUACGCGGACCCACUUUAUAUACAUUUAUAAAUUAUUGUAAAAUAUGAUUUGUAUUAUUUUUGUUAUUAUAAUUAUAAAGGUUAACGUAUAUGACAAAAUAAAACCGUUUAAAGUUAUUCUGAAAAUUUAAGAUUCUUAACGAAUUGACGAAUGUGUAUUCGUUUUUUAAUGAUGCAUGUUUUUUUUAUUGUCUGUCAAAACAUUAAGAGUAUAGUAAAAAUUAUUCGAUCUUUGAUCUUCAACUUUGAGGAUAGAAGAAGGAGGGUGAAAAAAUGGCAAUAUUUUUCAAAAUAAUCAAGAAAAACUUUAUAUAAAAUUAAAAACUAUGGAAAACUAAAAAUAUAUUUUACGCAAAAUCAUUAUAAUUUAUAGAUUUAAACGUAUUUUGUAAUUUUGUGGUUUUUCAAAAAUGAAUAAUAGGACAUUAGACAUUUUUGAUUUAUGAUGAUAAAAUUAUCCUGUUAAACAUCUUGGUAAUUUAAUUAAAGGUUACUGAUCUGCAGUCGUUAGUACGGCUAUGGUAUUCUAAAAAUAUAAAAAUACGACCAACGAAUGUCGAUUAGGUACUAUUUUUUUUUUAUUGACAUAUUAUGUAAAUUCUAAUUUUGAUAAAAAAAAUUUUCAAAGUCCUAUUUAUCAAUGACCUUUAGUACAAAGUAUUUAUAGUUUAUACUCGUAUAUUAGAAACCUAGACUUUCCAAUAGAACGACGUAUUAUAUAGUUUAUUACCAGGUUUUCAAUAUUGCCAUGGGUCAUGGUCCAUUAAUUGUAUUUUUGUCCUGUUUCGAGAUAUCUACAUGGGCGUAACUAAGAUUUAAUAGUUACAGUGGCUUGAGUCCUAGAAAACAAAAGUUAAAAAUAACUUAAAAGCUAAUUGAGGCUAAAAAGUAAAACCUUAUAGGGGGCUAAGCCCCCUAGACCCCCCCCUAGUUACGCCGAUGGAUACCUACAGUUGUUUUUACAUGAUACACUCUAAUAAGUCUGAAAUAAGAUUAUAAAUUUUACUCAUGGCAUUGAUGUCUUAUAAAAUUGGAAAAUCGAUCUUAAAUCUCAACAUAACAAUUAAAGUUUGUCAAUGGACGAUGAAUAUUAUUGUAUUUUCUUAUAUAGGUAGGUACUAUAUUAUUUCACUAUACUGUCUAUACUUAUAUUAGCCAUUAGGUAUUAUUUAUACGAGUUAUAUAAGUAAAAGUACCUACUUAAAUGUUUGACAUUUAAAGUAUUCAAAUCGGUUUUGUUUUGGUUUAAUUUAGAAAGUUAGUUUAUUGUCCACUUCUAUGUUAUUAUUUUAAUAAGAAAAUAAAAUACCUAGAAUUCCUACUUUAAAAUGUAUAUAAUUUUAAAAGGGUCAAAGGAAUGUUUUAAAAAUUAAUCUCUAAUACAGUAAAUAUAUUUUAUCUAUGGUAAUUACUAAUUACAUUUACAUUAGGUAGAUUACUAAUUAUAAAUUAUAAUGAGGAAAAAAUACAAUAAAUUAUUUUAAUUAAUUUCUCAAUCAAGAGUGAUUUCAAUCCGGGUUGUAACAAUUUGUAACUGUAUAAACAACUGGUAAGGUUAGAUUAUGCAUAUUUUUUUAUACGUUUUCUGCAACCAAUAUAUUAAGUUGAACGCUGUUGAUUAUUAAUA